AUGAUGAUUUUAUCCAUUCUUCUGGCUCUUCUGAGCAUUACUCGCUUUGCGAAUGCAGAAUGGGUGAGACCUGCAGCAUGUGUUGCUCCACUUGUUGUUGGCUCAACUCCAUGUUCUGCAGAGGCCCCAGUUAGACAUUUCUACGAUACUGAGAAGGAUCGAUGCUAUGCUUUCCGUUAUACUGGAUGCGGUGGAAAUGCCAACAAUUUCGAGACGAAGCGUCUAUGUGAAAAGAUCUGUACCGGUGAUCCAAACAGAGUGAUGUGUCCUGGAAGCACCAAACCAACUUUGAAUGUUUUGGGAAAAACUUCGCCUUGUGGGAAGCCUAACAACACGGAAGGAUUACCAGAAUGUGUAGGUGCAGACUUUUAUCGAGAUCUAGGAACAAACUUUUGUCAUGAUCUUGGUGCCGGGCAAUGUUGUGCUGUGGAGAGCAUUAGCAAAUUAGCAUCAGAUUUCUGGUUGUUUGAGUGUCCUGAUGGGAGAACAAAAUAUGCUCCGCCGAGCAAUAACUCACACUUCAAAUAUGAAAAAUUUGUUCUUGGCAAAAACUGUGACACGAACUUCUGCCCGGAUGGAUACGAAUGCGUCAUGGGAAACUAUUAUUCGUUCUGCUGCAAAUAA